AUGACCAACAGUCCACAAACACCAUCAGUAGUAUCAUCAGCAUCUGUAUUUGGUGUUGAUCCACAUUUAAUACGAUAUGGUUCAAUAUUUCUACUGAUAGUUGGUACAUUUGGUAAUGUUCUUUCGUUUAUUAUAUUUUCCCAAGGUACACUACGAAAAUCAUCAACAUUUCGUUAUCUUGCAUUACUUUCAUUAAUGGAUUUAUUAGUACUUUAUUCUGGUCUACUUGAUUUAUUUCUUACGAUUGAAUAUGGUAUAGCAUUUUCAUUAAGAAACCUUAAUCCAAUAACAUGUCGUUUACAUACAUUUAUAACAUAUUGGUCUCAACAUUCAUCGUCAUGGAUACUAUCCUUUAUAUCUGUUGAUCGUGCUAUAGCAACAAAUUUUAUACAAUUUGCAAGAAAAUUUUGUACGCCACGUUCAGCUGAAUAUAUUGUUGCAAGCAUAUUAGUUAUAAUUGCUUUACUUAAUUGUCAUGAAUUAGCAUAUCUUCGUUUACAAGAUACAGAUCCUAUUGAUUUAACAACAAAUACAGAUGAACAUACAACAUUGUCACCAUUACGUUCAAGUUUUUCAACACAAAUUUUAUUUACAUUAACAGAUUUCGAAAUAAAUAAUAAUAAUAAUAAUAAUAAUAAUAAUAACAAUAACAACAGCACUGGUGAUGAUAGUAGACAACAACAAAAAAGAAAUUUAGAAUCGGCAUUUUUUUUACGUUCAAUCUGUAAUAAUGUUAAAUGGAAUUUUUUAUGUCCAAGAGAUAAACGAGAUAUAAGAACAUCAUCAUCAUCGUCAUCAUUAUCAUCGUCGUGGUCAUCGUCAUCAAUGUCAAAUCGUUUUUUUUAUUCGUCAUUAGCUACAUCAAUUCCAAAUGCAACAACAAAUAUAUUACAACUUGAUUCAUCAACAACAACUUUAACUGUAUCUCAAUGUGCUGCAUUAAAAGGAAGUCGAUAUGAAUACUUUUGGGAUCAUGUAUGGGAAUGGGUUGAUGUAUGUCUUUAUGCACUUAUUCCAUUUACUGUAAUGAGUAUUGGAACAUUUUUAAUUGUUUAUCGUGUUUAUUAUCAACAACGACGUGUAUUUCGUUCACGUCAUUUAGGACAUAAUAAUAACGCAGCUGGAACAAUACCAAAUAAAGCAAAAAGUUUAUUUUAUUUACUUUUUACACUUAAUUUACUUUAUUUUAUUCUUGUAAGUCCAGUUGUAUUUGUAACAACUAUUUUAUUUCGCGAUCGAAAUGAAGAAGUUGCUUAUCCACGUUUUAAAGCUAUUAUUUACCUAAUGCAAUAUUGUAAUCAUUCAUUAAAUUUUAUUUUUUAUGGUAUAACGUCGCCACCAUAUCGUCGGACAUUAUGUGAAUGGUUCGAAUUAAUUAUUUCACAUUUACCACAAUGUUGUCAAGGAAGACUUCAACGACGAUCAAAAACUAUUCAAACAAGAGCAAAUCGUAUUCAAAAUAAUAAUACACCACAACAAAUAAGAUUAUCAAAUAAUUAUGAUCAACAAAAUUUGACUAGAAAAUCGAAUAAUAUUCGUUCAUCGAAAAUAACAAUUACAGAUGGUACUAAAAAAAAUCUAGAAAAAGAAUGCGUCUCUCUAUUACCAAGAUAG